CUUAAAUUUAUUCAUUUUAGUGUUUAAUAAUUUAUUAAAAUUACAACCUUCUAUUUUAAAUAUUAUAAUCUACAAGCAUACCAAAUCUUAUAAUCCAGGAAAUACACAAACAAGUCAUUUGACCUGUUUUUUGUUAGGAUGACAACAAUACGGCCGUUUACAUGCGAAGAUAUGCUUAAAUUCAAUAAUGUGAAUCUUGACCCACUGACAGAAACUUAUGGUCUGUCGUUUUAUACACAAUACUUAGCUCACUGGCCAGAGUAUUUCCAAGUUGCUGAAUCUCCUAGUGGUGAAAUCAUGGGAUACAUCAUGGGAAAGGCUGAAGGCCUUGGAGAGAAUUGGCAUGGUCAUGUUACAGCUCUCACGGUUAGCCCUGAUUAUAGACGACUAGGUCUUGCUGCCACACUUAUGAAUAUACUUGAGGAAGUAUCGGAAAGGAAAAAGGCAUACUUUGUUGACUUGUUUGUAAGAGUCAGCAAUAAAGUGGCAAUAAAUAUGUAUAAAAAUUUGGGAUAUAUUGUGUAUAGAACAGUAUUGGAGUAUUAUUCUGGAGAUCCAGACGAAGAUGCUUAUGACAUGAGAAAAGCGUGUUCUAGAGAUAUUGAGAAAAAAUCAGUGAUAGCUCUAACUCAUCCUGUUAAACCAGAGGAUGUAGAUUGACUAGUUAGCUUAUUGAUGAUGAUUGCUCUUGUUAGCUAUAUUGCAUUCUUCAUGGACUGUGAUCAACACCCUCCGAUACUAUCUUGACGGUAUAUGCAAUAAAAAAUGGAAUUUUAAGUA